AUGGUUAAUUUUAAAGAGGGUUUCCGUUUUCGUCCCAGAGAUAGAAAAGGAGUUACUUUCUUGUUGAGAUUCAUUGCUGGACAAGUUAUGAAUGAUUCUGGUUUUAUCACCACUAAUGUUGAUGUUUACGGUAAACAAGAACCAUGGCAGAUUUACAAUCAUGGAGUAGCUUUCGGUAAUGAUGAUGGGGACAACACUUGCAGUCAGUAUCGCUAUUUCAUCACGAAGCUGAAGAAGAAAAACAAGAGUAUGUAUAAUCGCAAUGUGGGAAAGAAUGGUCGUUGGAAACAACAAGACAAGGGAAAAGCAGUUCGAAAGAAGGGUGGACAAGUGAUUGGAUACAAGAAGAGCAUGAGUUAUGAGAACAAGAAUUGUAAUCUUGAAACAUAUGGGCAUUGGUUGAUGAAAGAGUAUCAACUCUCUGAUGUUAUUAGUAACAAGUUUAAGGAUGAGGAGCGUAGAGAUUGGUUGGAAUGUGCAGAGAAGAUGAUUAAGAGAAUAUUGCAAAGAGGAUCAAAACAGAGUAUGUAUCAAGUAAAAGAAUUCUUGAUGUCCAAUACUGACGAGAGUGAGAAAGGAAUGCCUGAAAUUGAGCAGCAGAUUUCUAUUUGGAGCGCCAAUGCAUUGACAGAGAGUAACAACCAACAACAAGCUGAAGGAGAAAUUGCAGAUUCUUGUGCUAGCGACCCUAUAUUCAAUUGGACUUAUGAUGCAUCAAUCAUCCAACAAUAA